AAACUAGUAGACAGAGCGCGACCAUCACGCAGGCUUGCAGCAUUCAUUGUAGUACGUAGAAGGGAUAAGCAAGCAGACAGGGAGGUCCAAGAGUAGACGCCAUGGCCACGAACCCCGGCCUCCUGAGCGAGUUCCCUUGGGAGAGGCUUGGCAGCUACAAGUACAUGCUGCUGGCGCCAUGGGUGGUGCACGGCUUGCAUCUGGUGGCGACCAGGGGGUGGCGCGAUGCCGACCUAGGCUACAUCCUCAUCCUCCCCAACAUGAUUCUCCGGGCGCUGCACAGCCAGGCCUGGAUCACCGUGUCCCGCCUCCAGAACGCGCGAGGCAAGCGCCAGAUUGUCCACCGUGGCAUCGAGUUCCAGCAGGUCGACCGCGAGCGCAACUGGGACGACAACCUCAUCCUGAGCACCAUCCUGAUGCUCCUGGCCGCGUUGUACAUGCCAGGCGGGCAGAACCUGCCGCUGUGGAGGACGGACGGCUUGGUGCUGCUGGCACUAAUACAUGCCGGCCCUGUCGAGUUCCUCUACUACUGGUUUCACCGUGCACUACACCACCACUUCCUCUACACACGCUACCACUCGCACCACCAUGACUCCAUAGUCACCGAGCCCAUUACAUCGGUGAUCCAUCCAUUUGCCGAACUCUUGGCCUAUACAUUUCUGUUUUCAAUCCCAAUGACCACCUGCCAGCUGACUGGAACUGGUUCCAUUAUCGUGUUUGCGGUAUAUUUGAUUUACAUUGAUUUCAUGAACAACAUGGGCCACUGCAACUUCGAAUUUGUCCCCAAUUGGCUCUUCAAAUGGAUUCCCCCUCUCAAGUAUCUCAUGUAUACACCGUCGUUUCAUUCUCUUCACCAUACUCAGUUCCGGACAAACUACUCUCUUUUCAUGCCAUUCUAUGAUUACAUUUACAACACCAUGGAUAAGGCAUCGGACACACUGCAUGAGAACUCACUCAAGGACAUAACGAAAGAAGUAGAUGUGGUUCACCUUACCCAUCUUACCAGCCUGCAGUCCAUCUAUCAUAUAAAUUAUGGGUUUUCCCAGUAUGCCUCCAAGCCUUAUAGUUCAAUGUGGCAACUACGGAUAAUGUGGCCCGUGUCAUAUCUCUCCAUGCUCCUCACAUGUGUGUAUGGUUCUUGGUUCACUCUUGAGAGGAAUUUCAUGGGGAAACUUACUAUCCAGUCAUGGGCCAUUCCAAGAUACAAUUUCCAUUAUGGAUUGAACUUGGAGAAGGAAGCAAUUAAUAGCCUGGUUGUAAAGGCCAUAUGUGAAGCUGACAAGAAAGGAGCCAAAGUUGUUAGUCUUGGACUCCUGAAUCAGGGGGAAAUCCAGAGUUACAAUAGUAGGACAGAUAUGGUCGCUCACAAUGUUAUUGUACUAUCUUCACCCAAACAGGGCCAGAACCUCAAUGGAAGUGGGCAACUUUAUCUGCAAAAGUACCCAAAGUUGGGGGUAAAACUGGUGGAUGGCACCAGCCUAGCUGCUGCCGUCAUUGCUAAUAGUAUCCCCCAAGGCACAUAUCAAGUUGUGCUUGCAGGAGAUAUUUCGAAGGUCGCACGUGCUGUGGCUCAAGCAUUGUGCAGGAAAAAUAUUAAGGUCACAAUGACAAACACGCAAGAUUAUCAUUUCCUUAAGGCGAAAAUACCAGAAGAUGCAGCUGGCAACCUUUCAUUGUUAUCAAAAACUGGCACUGCAAAGGUGUGGUUAAUCGGAGAAGGUUUAGAUGCUGACGAACAGUUGACGGCACCGAAAGGAACACGGUUUAUUCCAUACUCACAGUUCCCACCAAGAAAGCUACGUGAGGAGUGCUACACCUACUCAAUGACUCCGGCAAUGUGUGUUCCAAAAACACUACAGAACGUUCAUUCAUGCGAGAAUUGGCUGCCAAGGAGGGUGAUGAGUGCGUGGCGUAUUGCUGGGAUUGUUCAUGCAUUGGAGGGAUGGAACGAGCAUGAGUGCGGAGACACAGUCCUAGACAUGGACAAAGUUUGGUCUGCUGCAAUUUCGCAUGGUUUCCGCCCCGUUGCUACAGAUUGAUGGUGUAGCUGCACGUCAACGGAAUAAGAGUUGUGUUGAUAUCGAUGUAAUAUAUACUCGUUUUUAUCCUUCCCAAGGAAGAAGACGUACACAUCGGCAAGCAGAAGACGUAGCCUGCAAUUAAGUAAUAAAUAUAAUAUUAUUUUCUCUUCAAAAAAUGUUGUCCGUGCAUGGAAGUCCCUCCAAGGUGAUCUAAGCGCUACGGUGUGCGUUCAUGCAUUCAAUCAUAGGGAUGAGUAUUUGUGUGUAGAUGUUACUAGAUGAAACCAAGGUUUUGGAUUC